AUGGGCGCCUCGGUAUCUUUGCGUUGCGCAGCCUCUGUCGCCCUAUUCACACAUUACGCUGAAGGCUUUAAAGUCAAAUUGUCCGAUAUGGGCGGCGCAUAUCUCUUUUCAAGGCCCCCAGAAAAACCCGUCACUCCCCUUGGCCUUCGGGCUCCCGAGCUUAUCCUGACUGGAGCCGUUAAUAACACGCUUGACAUUUGGAGUUUCGGCUGCCUUAUUUUUGAGCUAAUCACCGGAGAGCCGCUCUUCUGCGUUCCAGGAUCCGAAUAUGAAGAUGAUGAUCAUCUUCUCUCCCUUACAGAACGGCUCGGUGCCCUUCCUGAUGAUUUAUUCAUGCAUUGGAAGACCUCCUCGCUUUACUUUACGCCUGAGAGGAAGCUGUUCAAUUGUCAAAUCGGAGGAGUCGGUCCAGAAGAGGAACCACUUUUGGUGGAUCAGGUAUCCAUGGAGGAGCAGUUCGACUCGACGGAGCCGGAUAUUGACUCGAAGGAAGCCGACGAAGUGAAGGGACUCAUUCGAUGGAUUUUACAGUAUGAUUCUGCAAAGAGGCCAUCUCCUGCCGAGAUAUUGUCUCAUCCAUGGUUCCGCAACAUCGAUGUUGGGCGCGUGUAA